CAUUCCAACUCGGGUGCCGUCCAGUUCACAGUUCACGGACUGCUAUCUCGUCGCAGUUGUCGCGGCCGGCGCGUUUUCAUGACCUAGUCAGUGGCCAUAUCCGCAUCGCAUGGCUCUUCGGCUUCUCUCAUCAUUCCGCCCUUCGUCUCUGAGAAGGAUUCGCACUCCCUUUCCCGUGGACCGUCAUGCUGAAUAUCAUGACUACAUACGCUUUUCUACGCCGAAUGAUCGUAUUGGACGGAUACCCCUUCGAAGCCCGAAAGUCAUAGGCGUCGCGUCGUCUCGUGGAGAGAGAAUUCAGCAGGAAGACUUCUAUGCCUAUGUUGCUGUCUCUCUCGAUCCCGAUGAGCUGCGUCUCAGCCUGAAAAAGGCACAUCGCAUAGAUUGGGACACCUCAUCUAUACCAGACGCUUUGGCCCGUCAGGUCCUUUUUGUUGGCAUAUAUGAUGGCCAUGGUGGAUCCACUGUUUCUCAGUUUCUACGCCAAGAAUUGCACGGUCUGCUUGAGAACGUGGACAAGUCGCAAAUACCAGACAUGUACGAUUGGAUACACGAACUUGGCGGCUACUUCAAGCGAUUCACGGGCGGUGCGCUCGCACCAUGGAUUCACGCGGAUCAGCCUCAAUUUGCGGCCAAGAUGGAUCUGGAGGCUCGGGCGACGCUUGCAUUCUUUGAGGUGGACAAAACCUUGUCUAUAGAGGAGGCGGCUCAAGACUGCGGCGCGACCGCAUCCGUUGUGCUCCUGCAAUCACUCGACAACCCUGUCAAUCCGUUUUUCUCAUCAGAACGGCUCGCUUUGACAGUAGCGCAUGUUGGUGACACCAGGGUGCUUUUGAGCAAGACCGACAACGGGGAAGUGGUACCGAUGACUGAGAAUCAUCACGUCGACGCACGUGUUGAAGCCAUCCGGCUCCGCAGGGGGAUGGGCAGCGGACGGUCCAUGGAUUCAUUCGGCGAAACAAGGUGGAUGGGCGCAUUGCAAAACACGCGAAGUCUCGGUGACCUGAAGUACAAGCGUUUCGGUGUCACCCCCGAACCGCAGAUGCGAUACAUGCUUCUACAUGGACCUGAAUACUCGCAUAUCACACUCGUCUCGGACGGUAUAUCGUCCGUCGUCUCCGACGAUGAAAUAUCCGAUCUCGCACGUGGAGCGGCUACGCCACAGUCGGCUGCUCAGCGUAUACUCAAGUUCGCAGACGAGAUGGGCAGCGAUGACAAUUUGACCGCUCUUGUAGUCCCGCUAGCAGGGUGGGGAAGGAUGACCGGGGAAGACCGCACGCGGGACUUGCGAUACUAUAGGAAGGUCCAGAUGUCAGGCUCCGAACGGCACAGACCGAGGUGGAUGUAGACAUUCCUUGAAACUUCACCUUCAGGCGAUUCACGCUGUUGCGUCAUGCUAGUUUUAUAGUGAACAGUUAAGGUCUUAGGUACAUCCUUGCAUACACUGUGUAAAACAUCAUGCGGAAAUAUGUUAUCAUGUUAUUCCAGCUU